AUGUCACUAUCUAUACCUGAUCUUUUCUCGGUCAAAUCUCUCGUAGCUGUCGUUACAGGGGGUGGGACGGGGAUAGGUCUCAUGAUAGCGAAAGCUCUGGAGCAUAAUGGUGGAAUUGUGUACAUUGUCGGACGCCGUGAAGAAGUAUUACGGAAUGCAUGCAAGCAAGCAAAAUUUGGCAAAAUUCGUUACAUCGUUGCCGAUGUUACGGAUAAGGUAUCUCUUCAGCACGCAGUAAAUGUUAUCAAUGAUGAAGUUGGAUACAUCAACCUGUUAGUCAAUAACUCAGGUACCGUUGGACGACGGCAUAGUUCGCUUCCAAGGCCGCCGCCAUUUCCUCCGCUUCCCAAAGAGUUUGUUGUUUCGGAGCCAGACAGCGAUUUCACAACCAUUCGCGGAAUCAGGGAAUUCCUUUGGAAAGAUGAGCCAAGCGACUGGAGCCAUGUGUUCAGCGUCAACGUGACGGGUAUCUGGCUGACCAGUAUCGCCUUCCUCGAGCUGCUCGAUGCCGGGAACAAGCACCAAAAUUUUUCCGCGAAGAGUCAGAUAGUCACCGUUGGAAGUAUAGGUGCAUUUCUCAGGCUGGUAGGGGGUACAUCAUAUUCCUAUAAUUCCAGUAAAGCAGCUGCAACUCAGCUAGCCAAGAUGUUUGCAUCCAAUUUCGUGCAAUGGGGCAUUCGUGCGAAUGUAAUUGCACCUGGAGUUUACCCGUCUGAGAUAUCCGCUGGCACGGAAAAUCUUGACGAUAAAAAUUCGAGCCAGCUUCCGCCUAAGAUCCCUGCUUGUGAGAUUCCACUGGAGAGAUUUGGGGAAGAGCAGGACAUGGCAUGUGCAAUCUUGUACUUGGCUAGCAGCGGCGGGAGGUAUCUCAAUGGCUGCGUUAUCGUGACAGACGGUGGCCGGCUGGGAGCUUUCCCAGCAGUGGCGUAG